AUGAAGGAACUUGACCCGGACGAGUCAAACCUUUUAUUUGAAAAUCAAGUCGUUCUCCGGGAUAUUGUAGAGCAGUAAGUUUAUUAUUUUGGGAGAUUUUUUGAGAACAAAAAAUCAAUAACAUUUUUGCAGAGGUCCAUUUUCAAAUGUUUACAAAUGUGUUCAUAAUACAUCAAAUAGAAGUUUUUUGCUUAGAAGUAUCAAUUUAUCAUGUUUCAAAAGUCAUACAGGAUUAGAUUUUGAAGGUAUUUUUUUUACUCAAAAAUUCAGUAACACUUUUAAAAAUACUUUUUGUUUAGAAAUAGAUGAAGAAAUUCGAAUCUGUAAGAGUCUGAAUCACCCAUUCAUUUGCCGCUUGGAAAAUGUUGUCACUUCCCCCAAUUUUCGACACAUGAUUUUUGAGAAUUUAGAAGGAAGUGAUAUUUGUUUUGAAAUUGUUCAAAGGGCGAGUAAUGGUUUUGUUUAUUCGGAAUAUGUUAUUAGGUAACUUAUUUUUCAUUUUCAAGUUAUUUUCUUUACGUCGCUUGAACAAACGACCCGUCGAGUAAUUUUUGUAAAAGGAGGAGAAAGCGCGCCCUAUGGAGAAAAAUUGCGUCCGUCCCCUGUACAAAUUGCUGUACGUCGUGGCCCUUCCUCUCUGUCUCUCACCUUUUCUCCUUUUUGAUUCUACUUUUUUUUCUCGACGGGUGCUAGCGUAAAGAAAAGCGCACUGUAUAUUCUUUGAAAAAAUCUUUAUAUAUUAAAAUGUUUUCAGUCAUUAUAUGAAACAACUUCUCGAUGCGUUAGAUUAUAUUCAUAGUAAAAAUAUUGUUCAUAGGGAUAUUCGACCACAUAAUAUUGUUCUAGCCACGUAAGUUCUGCAAAUAAUUUUGAAAUAUUUCAAAGAGAACUUGUUUUUCAGAAGAGACACAUCUGCAGCUCUGAAAUUGUGUGGGUUUAGCGUUGCAUUGGAUUUAUCACUACUGGGUGGAUCUAUGGCGUCAGGUGAGCAAAACUAUUAAUUUGAAAGGGGGAUAAUUUUGAAUUUUCACGAAAUUUGAAGAAAAAACUAUCAUUUUUUUCAAAAUUCAUCAAAAACUGUGAAUGUUUGCGUGAAUUUCAACUGAUAUUAUUCUCAAAAUGUUCCUAGCAAGCGAAAAGAAAUGUUGAAAUCUCACAUCAGUUGACUAAAAUCAAAUUUUCAGGCCGAGUUGGUGUGCCGCAAUUCAUGGCUCCGGAAAUUGUGCGAAAAGAUCGUGUUUCGUGUUUAUCGGAUAUGUGGUCGACAGGCGUUGUGCUCUUUCUUCUUCUUUCCGGUAGAUUACCUUUCAACGGACCUCAUACCGAUAUCUAUGAGAGAAUUUCAAUUGGAAUCGAUGAUGUGAGUCAUAUCAAAUUUCAACCAUUUUGUGUGUAACAAAAAAUAUGCAUAAAAUUCAUUCGUUUUUCUUUUUAUUGAUUAUAAUUAAUUUUAUUCAAAAAUAUAUUUCCAGAUUCGAUCACAUAUGCCACAAGUAUCUGAAAGUGCAAAAAAUUUGGUUCAACGAUUGCUAACAACAGAAGUUGAUCAAAGAAUGAGCGCCAAAGAGGUUAGUUGCAAACAGAACAAAAAAACAACUCUUUUUUUUACUUGAUUGUUCCUAGAAUUUGUUUUCGUAAAGUCAAGAAUUCAAUUUAUUUCAUUUAUUUUUUGUUCUUUUUAUAGGCUUUGUCUCAUGAAUGGAUUCGAGAUAAAGAACACAUGGCGAGUCGAAAACAUAUGAAUGAUGUUAUUGAAAAUAUGAGAAGAUAUAAUGAUUCGAGGAAACUCAAAGUGAGUCAACGUUUUUUUUUGGAAAAUUUUUUUUAUUUAAAAAAAUAUGGAAAACAAUGUUAACAUAUUUUUUUGAAAUUUCUGGCAAUAUUUGUUUUCUGAAUUUUUCAACUCUCAAAAAAAAUCAUUUCAUCUCAGAUUUUUUUCACAAAACCCCCAUAAAUGAAUGUUCGAACUUUUUCCCUGUUCAAGAACUUUUCACAAGGAUUUUGAUGGAAUUUUCUUUGAAUACCAGCUUAUCCCAGUGAGAAAAAAAAACAGAACUCAAUAAAAUCACGUUUUUUCACAUAAACAUGUGAACACAAAUGCUUGUUUGCUUCAAAACACAAAAAAAAACGCAGAUUUAUUUCGAAUAAAUGAAAACACAAAAACACGCAAGAAAAAACAUUAGAGAAGCAAGACUGUAAUUUUCGAAAGAAUCGGUUUCAUGUUCUUCACAACGCAGUUUAAAUCCCUAUAUUUUACGAGAAGUUAAAAUUCAUAUUCAGAGUGUUUUAGGUGAAAUCUUGACCUUUUUUCUGUACUUUAACUACUUUUGGAAAAAAAAACAAGCAAAAAAACAAUAAUUUCAAAUAAAUCUGACAAUUAAAAAAUAAAUUUGUUCAAACACUGAAUUAUUUUUGAAAAAAAGAUCAAGUUUCUUGGAAUGUUGAAAAAUGAUAAUUCUGAACAGAACAUCUGUGUUCGUUUUUUCAAACUAUGUAACUCAACCUAAAUUAUCUCAAAUUUCGUUCAGUUUUUGUCUAGUCUAUACAUUAUUUUUUCGUUGCAAGGCGUAGGUGUCAUCUUUAUCACUUCACUCAUGUUUUCUUUGAUUUUUCCAGAGUUAUGUAUUGUCGGCUGUCAACAGUGGCAAGUUUGACGAAUCAAUGUCAAAUCAACAGCAGCUUAUCAUUUCUUCAUCUUCUCCAACUUCACCACAAUCUGUCACUGAUCCAUCAGGUAUGAAGCAUUGUUAUUCUUUCUAUGAUUCUGAACUUUAUUUUGUGUUAGGUGACACAAAUGCUAGUGUUGAAUUCACAACUACUGUUAUCAAUUCGAAAUCGAAUUCUGGUGGAUCUUCUGAAAAACCAUCUACUAAAGAUUUAGCAGGAGCACAGAAGGUUAGUUAUUAUUUUCAAGUGGGUAAACAAAUAAUUGAAAAUUGAUCUCAAGAACUUUUUGUACUACCAAUUUGUUUUUUGAUCUGUUGCAGAAUUACAAAUUUCCAAGGAUGAAUGUAAGAUUGUGAACCCCAGUUUCCCAAAAAUUAUAAUAAAUAUCUAACAUUCCCGCUAGAAACUUGAAAAAUCUUCGGAUAGUGUAUCCCUGAAUGUUCAGAAUAUUCUUCUGAAAUCACUAAUCGAAUGUUUUAUUUCUAGAUUCUUGCCUCCUUGGAUGCCAUCAAUAGCUUAUUGGAUGCAAGCACUUAUAAACCUGAAAGUGGAAAUUUUCAGAAAAUUUAUGAAGAUCAAAAUGUUCGCACGUUGUUACGGGUUAGUUUUCUAGCAUUUCUAACAGCAUGUCAAGCCAGAAUUUUUAUCCCAAAAAUCAGUUCUUCAAAAAUUUGGAAAAAAAAAGACCACCCGCUUUUUGGUUUUAAUGCAUCAGAAGGAUCAGAUUUCGUGUGAAAGUAAUCAGAGUUUUCGUCACAAAAAAGUUUUGAAAUUUGACAAAAUCUGAAAUCUGUCUUGUUAGUUUCUAAAACAGGCCCUAAGUUAGAUAAAAUUGGAAUUAAUGAACCCACAGCUCGAAAUACCUGACGUUGACAGCAAAAAGAAAUCGGCUAUCAACUUUUUCAAAAAUUGUGAAAUGAACUAGGUUUUAAUGAAAUUAUGAACCGAAUCAUAAGUGUUGACUGCCAAAUUCUGAUUACAUAUUUUGGGAUCUGUACAUCGAAUUCCUCAACUUGAUUGGAUUUUCGCAGAGAAAUACAAAAACAAUUGGCCUUCCGCAACAUAUUUGUGAAAAAAUAGAGCGAUGAGUUAAAAGCAACGUCCGUUUUUCGUGAAGAAGUACGAGAGGCGAUUUAAUUACGAGUAAACCUCCUUCAACAUCGCCUACACAUAUAUAACAAAAACUUGAAUAGCCAUCUAAUGGACAUCCUCGACAAUGACUCUCGCUUUGCCCACAAAAAAGGCCCCUUAACUUUCGUUCUACUUUUUCCGUUUGCCUCUUCUCCAUCAUCAUCAUCGUUCUUGUGUUGGCCGUUGCGAAAAACGAAAACGUCGUCGUCUUCUUCUUCUUCUUCGUUGUCGUCUCCUUCUUCUUUUUUGCCCAUAAUUUCAUUUUCAACGCACUCUCAUAUAGGCCUGAAGCUUCGUUUUUCUUUUUUCUCGAGUUUUCUUACCCCUAGGUUUAGAAAAAGCAAAAAUAGCAACAAAAAUAAACCCAGAAUCAUCACUCAACUUUUUUCAAAACUUUUUUUCUCAAACUUCAAGGUGAUCAAAUCACUUCUCCCAGAUUUAAGAUUUCCAGUAAUGAAAAUCACACAAAAUAAUGUGAGGCUCAAAAAAUAUUGUCACUGAUUUUUUUUAUUUUCUGAGAAUCCUCAUGUUUUUUAUUAAUGAAUGUAAUAGUUUGUAAAAUCUGGUGAACAUAUGGAAAAUCAGUAAAAUUUUAUGUUUCAUCAAAAAAACACCAAAAAUUAAUAUUUAUUUUUUCGUAAAAGCUAAAAAGCGGAUAAAUUAUUUAUUAUUGUUCAUAACUACCCUUAAUUUAUCUUCAUUUUGAAAAAAAAAUAAUUAUUCUCUUUUUUUUCGUAUAUAUUUUGUGAAUAUCAAUAAAUUUCCCUAGUAUAUAUAAUUUUUUCCAAAAGCUCAAACUACAAACAUAUGUACAUACAUAUUGAAGAAGCAAAAAAUGAAUGAUAUAUUUUAUCUUUAGCUUGGCUUGCUAACAGAAAUGUGUCUCUAAAAACAAACACACGUUUUUCACUUACGAUUUGCUCUUCUUUUGUCUUUUCUGUAUUUUUUUGAAGAGAUUGUGUUCUUUGAGUUCGCAAAAAUGAGUUUUUUUGCCAAAAAAUGGCUGAGUUCUCUCUCGAGUAUUGAAUUUAACUUAUCUUUCAUUCAAUCUUUCACACUUUUUUUGGAUUUACCCAGAAAUUUUCGGAAUAGGAGUUCUGAACUUUUUCUAGUUGUGGAUAUAUCAGUUAGUUGUCCGAAGCAGUAUUGGGGUUUUGUGGUUUUUCAAGAAAUUUUGGGUAGUCUUAACUUUUUUUUUCAAAUAAUCAAAUUUUUCGUGAUCUGUGGAUAGUCAGUUUCAAAUUUCAAAUUUAUUUGGAAGUCAUAUUUUCUUCAAAAAAAUAUCCCAACAUGUUGAGUUUCAUUAUUGUAAUCUGAUACAUCUCUCCCCACUUUUCAAGAAAUUUAAACUCGAAAAAGUAAUUUUUAUUCUUAGUUUCACUCUAGUUUUCAUUUUUGCUCAGAUCAAUUAUAUAAUAAAAUUGCUGAAACAUCCAUUAAAUUCCAAUAAAAAAGUUGAGAAAAAUGGAAACAAUUAACAACCCAUCUCUUCCUUUCGAUUAGUUUUUUGAUCUCUUCAUUUAAUUUUUGUUCCGUAUUCCUUCUUGCUCAAUCCGUUAUUUUUAUGAUUUUCAAAAAUCAACAAUUCAUCAGAUGUCGAAAACGGUGACAAUAAAAUCCGGAUCAUCGCCACCAAAACGACAUCCAAAAAAACAAGAAAAGGUAACUUGAAAAGUGGAAAAAAUUAAGAAAAGCAAGAAGAAGAACAAAAAAAAAGUGGGAGGAUGCUCUUGGGGGUUUUCACUUUUCUUCCAUUUCUUUCUUUUUCUACUCUUCUUAUUUUCUCUUUUGACUGGCUGCUAAAAAAACACAAAAAUAGAAGAAAGAGUCAAUUAUUAUCUAUAUGGAUUCAAAGUUAUUUCACGAUUCAUUAUUGGCAAUAUUGAUCGGAUCAUUUUUGAUUUUCUUCAUUUGUGUCCUUGUGAUUGGGGCAUUAAGUGAUCGUGGUUUGUGUUGUCACGAUAAUUCAUUCACAUCACAUCGAACUAAUGGAAAACAUCAACAUCGACCACGAAGUAGUAUUAGUAGUCAAGAAAGAAGUACAACCACAAACGGGGGGAUCGUUAUUGUUAUGCCGACAGAAUGCGAUUGUGAAAAAUGUGAUCGAGGAAUUGGAGGAGAAAAUCAAAGAGAAGGAGGAGGAGAAGAAUCAUACGAACAUGAGGAAACAAGUAGUAUUCAACCAGAUGAUUCCAGUAGUGGAUUCUAUACAGAACAAUUCACAACUGGUAAAACCAUAUUUUCUAAUUCAUUUUUCCUGAUCUUUUGUUUCUAAUAGUUUUCAUUCCGCCUGAUAUUUUUUCUGAAAUUCUGAUCCUCCUUAUUUUAUCCGGUUGUUUUGUUUCAAAAAAAAAAAACAGGGGUUAUUCAAAGAAGUUUCCAAAAUGUUUUCCAUAAAAAUAAUUCGAUUUUUUCAGUUGUAUGACAAGAUCAGUGAAAUGCCAUUUGAGCCAAUCAAAACGGAAAUCGAUUCAACGACACUACGAAAAGAAGUGAGUCCUCAUAUUUCUCCCAGCUAACAAAAAAUUCUUCAAACAACAAACAAAAGCGAGAAAAAAAUUGAAAAUUUUAUCCGAUAGCCCCAAACCCAACCAACCACUAUUACAAUGUCAAUGACUGACAGCUCAUGUCAUUCAUUCAUGUUUUGUUUCCGUUUUUUCUCGUCAGUAAGUGAGCAGAAAUAAAAAAAACGUGCUUGCAUUUUUCACUCUUUUUUAAUAUCUACAUAUACAUAAAUAUGCUGAAAAAAUGUGUCCCAAGGGUGAGAGCAAAAAAACAUUUUUUUUGAACACCCAAGAUUUCGGAUUUUGACAUAAGUAGAUUUUUCUCAUUUUUCAAACACGAGGGAAAGAAAAAGGAAAAAGAAAAAAUUUGACACGAUAUUCUCAAAGGAAUUUUUGAGAUGAGUGGCAAGAAAUUGAAUUUGUCCACUUUCGAAAAGCAGCAAAAAAAGAGACUACAAAUACUAUAACAAAAUAUUUUUUGCAGACAGUAUUAUCGAUUGAUGGUUUGCUUGGUCCAAGUCCCGAAGCUCAGGAAUUACGGCAACUCUUAAGUGCUCCACAUUUAACGGUUAGUCUGUGUUUUGUCGCCGUCAGGAUUAGUUUUUUUUUCUUCAAAGAAAAAAAAAGAAAAAAGAGGACACAAAAAAUAAGAAAAAUCUAAAGGCUUAAAAAAAUGUUUCCAGUAAGCAAGAGAGAGUGGGUUCGGUUUGAACUUUGAGGUUACAAACUUUUUUUAGCAACAAAGAUCAGCAUUUUUGCAAAAGGUGAUAGCGAAAAACUUUGAACUUAUCAGGAGUUCAAAGAAAUCUAUCAUCUCACAAGCUGAUUUCAAAAAUCAGAAAAAGUUCAUGACGAUUCAUCAAAAUCUCUUUGAAAAAUCAAAGAAAAAUCUCUGUCGUGUGAAAAUCCAAGUCCUUUCUUUUGUUUUUGAUUAAUUACCACUGCAUCUUUUUUCACUUUGACAACAACAAAAAAUACGAUGAUUUGAUAAACGGGGAUUCUGAUUGGAGCGUGCAAGAAAGAAAUAUAUAAUUUUAUGAUUUUCAUUUUCAGAGUUGUGUGCAAGCAUUGGAUGUGGUCGUUUGCGAAGUUCGUGAUCCAACAAAAAAUGAAAGUUCAAGUGGAGGUUCGGAAAAAGAUGGCGGAACAUCAGAUACGGCCCCUCCAUAUUUGAAUGGUGGAAUUUUGCCAUUGGGCUCGCAAAGAGCCGGAACAUCCUUUGAGAAUUUCAAUCAUUCAAAUGUCCACACUUCAUGUAAGUUAGCUUUUCAUUUUAUUCACUUUUAUUCAGUUUUUCUUCUAGUUGCUUUUUUCAACUCUUUUUUUGUUUUGAAAAAUUUGGAUGUAGGAAAAAUUCAAUGAACUUCUGAACGUUGCAACAAAGAAAGUGUGAUUUUCCGAAUUUCGUGAAAAUUUUGGACUUUCUUUUUUUUUAACAUUUUUGAAAUCAAAUGUGGUUUCUAUAACUUUUAAAAAUUAUUAUUUGAACACUAUGUCUUUUCACAAUCAUUCACUUUUUUCAGACGACGACGAAGACGACGAACUUUACGAUUGUAUGUCUCGACUUCGAUUAGUUCAAUUCCAAAAAGACACGCAAGAACCGAUGGGAAUAACUUUGAAAGUAAAUGAAGAUGGUCGAUGUUUUGUCGCAAGAAUAAUGCACGGUGGUAUGAUUCAUCGACAAGCAACACUUCACGUUGGCGAUGAAAUUCGUGAAAUAAAUGGAAUGAGUGUAGCAAAUCGAAGUGUUGAAUCAUUACAAGAAAUGUUACGAGAUGCGAGGGGACAAGUCACUUUUAAAAUUGUGCCAAGUUAUCGAAGUGCGCCACCAGCUUGUGAGAUUUUUGUGAGAGCACAAUUUGAUUAUGAACCAAUUCAAGAUGAUUUGAUACCAUGUCCACAAGCUGGUGUGCCUUUCAAAACUGGAGAUAUUCUACAGGUAAACACAUAUGAUUUUAUGAAUAUUUUAUUAUGAUUUUAUGAUUUUUAUUAUAGGUGAUCUCAAAAGACGAUCAUAAUUGGUGGCAAGCUCGUUUUGUGUCAGCAUUCCCUUCAAUUGGAACUUCUACUCAAAGUCAACCAAGAAGUAAUCAACAACAAAUUGCUGGUCUUAUUCCAUCUCCAGAACUUCAAGAAUGGAGGACGGCAUGUCUAGCGAUGGAAAGAGCCAAAAAUUCUUGCAAUAGUAAGUUUUGCGGUAUUCGAAAUUCAAACAAAAAUGUAAUAUUAUAUUUUAGCUCAUUGUAUGUGGUUCAAUAAAAAGAAAAAAUACUACACAACAAAAUAUCUUCAAAAACAUUCUGCUUUAUUCGACCAACUUGAUUUGGUAACAUAUGAAGAAGUGAUGAGACUCUCACAAUAUCGUCGAAAAACAUUAGUGCUACUUGGUGCACAUGGUGUUGGUCGGCGACAUAUCAAAAACACAUUGAUUCAUCGACAUCCAAACCGUUUUGCCUAUCCAAUUCCACAUACAACUCGACCACCAAGAAAAGAUGAAGUUGAUGGAAAACAUUAUUAUUUUGUGUCAUCUGAUCAAAUGAUGACAGAUAUUCAAAAUAAUGAAUAUUUAGAAUAUGGAACACAUGAAGAUAGUGAGUUUUUUCUAGAGAAUAUGAAGAAAUAUUUAUUGUAAUUUGGUUUUAGGCAUGUAUGGAACAAAAUUGGAAACAAUUCGAAAUAUACAUAAAAGUGGAAAAAUUGCAAUUCUCGAUGUUGAGCCACAAGCAUUGAAAGUUUUGCGAACUGCUGAAUAUUCACCGUUUGUUGUGUUUAUUGCAGCACCAAAUUUGCAAGGAAUGCAAGAUGUAAGUGGAUUUUUCAAAAGAAAAAAUUAACGGAAGCCUGAGAGGUUCAGAGAAAAAAAAAUUGAAAUAUCAGAAAAGAUUAUCAAAAUUUUGAAGUCUUGAAAUUUUCGGGAUUCUAUUACACCCCACGUUCUGCCUUUACCCUUCUUUUACUUUCGACCAAAAUAUAUAAAAUGAAUUUUCAGCCUGAUGGUUCCUUGGAAAAACUGCUCAAUGAAUCGGACAUUCUCCGUCAAGCAUUCGGUCAUCUUUUUGAUUACAUAAUAACAAAUAGUGAUAUUGAUGACACCAUAACACAAUUAGAACGAUUAGUCGAAAAACUGCCAGCUUAUCCCCAAUGGUUACCUGUCUCAUGGGUUUAUUGA